UUGAAACUUUGAACUGAAGACAUGAGUGGAAGAGGAAAAGGCGGGAAGGGACUCGGCAAAGGAGGCGCAAAGCGUCAUCGCAAAGUCCUCCGCGACAACAUCCAGGGAAUCACCAAGCCCGCCAUCCGCCGUCUGGCUCGCCGUGGUGGCGUGAAGCGUAUUUCCGGCCUGAUCUACGAGGAGACCCGCGGUGUGUUGAAGGUGUUUCUGGAGAACGUGAUCCGUGAUGCAGUCACCUACACCGAGCACGCUAAGCGGAAGACUGUAACCGCCAUGGAUGUGGUUUACGCCCUGAAGAGACAGGGACGCACCCUGUAUGGCUUCGGCGGUUAAACGGUCACAAACAUCCAUUAUCAAAAUCCAAAGGUCCUUUUAAGGGCCGCCCACAUACUCACUGUAAAGAGCUGCUUUCUCCCAUAGACUAAAUUUUUCUUCAUAUAAUGUAGGGAGAUUAACAUUAAGUGUUUUUGCA